UGGGCUACUGCUGUAGCCUGGACUCCACCGGCAAUCUCAGGUGUAUUUUUGCUGGCCCAAUCCCUCUGGCCCUUCCUGGAUGCUGUUAGGACACAUAAGCAAUGCCAAACCAAGUGCAAUUUUUAAGAUAUCUGGAUUAAAGUCAGGUGAUAACGCAGUCCUCAAUCCAUUUGGCCAGUCUUCCCAGCAGCCCAGUCAUAAUGCACAGAUAGGAAUCUCAGUGGAGCCUCUAGAGCAGCUGUCCCAGCAGACACCUGCCACCAACACCUCUCUAUCCACACUGAACACCAUGGUGGCAUUCUCACAGAAAAUGCUGGAAAAUUUCUUCAAUUAUGCUUCCUCGUUUGCUGUAAAUCAAGCCCAGAUGGUGCCGAAUCCCUCAGAGACGUUUAAAUUUGUUCGGCUGAGCACUCUGCAGAAAUGGUAUGAAAACUUUCAGAAAAGAAUGGAAAGUAACCCUAAUUUUUGGAAGACGUGAAGUAUUAGACAGCUAUUUGCUUUUUUUGUUAGUUAUUUACAGAUAAGUAAAUUCACUGUGAAAGAGGUUUUUCAUAGUCUGUAGAUAGGAUGAUAAAAUGAAAUUACUUAAAAACUAAAAAACAUCAGUCAUACACAAUGUUUGGCCCACCACCUGUAGACCUUGGGCAGCGUCCUGUCUCCCGAAAGCCAUGUUUGACUGAUGUUAUUUAGACUCUAAGUUAAGAAUACUUCUAUUUCAUCAGAUCAAUUUCAGUAGAUUAAAAAGAGAUAUCUGUAAUGAACAAAAAGUAUUUGGAUGUUCAUUAAGUUGUAUGAGGUUAAGUAGGCAUCAUCGGUGCAUAGAAAAGAAAGACGGAUUUACAUAUAUGUAUGCUAUUUAAAUGUUCUGUUCUAUAAACAGUCAUUUAUAAGACCCAACAUGCUUUUUAUUUUAAAUUUGUUUGGG